UCGCGUUUCUGUCCUUAUCCUGAUAGAAGAAUGAACGGUGGCCAGAAUGGCUCUGGUUCCGGCGCUACUCCACUCCUUACUUUCCCCGCUAACAACAAUUCCGGAGUUGGUACUGCAGCUCCUGCGCAAACUUACUCUGGGCAGGGGAACGGUAGUGGGUGGUUGGGGAAGCGGGUGUAUACGCUUGAAGAGCGGGUCGCGAAGAUUAGUCAGAAGCACGAGGCGGAAGAAGCAAGGGAGAAGACGCGAAAAGAAGAAGAAGAAAGAAUGAAGCGGAAACAAGAGGAGGACGAAAGAUUGGAGCGGGAGAAGAAGGAACGGGUUGAGUUCCAGAAAUCGAUCAAGCAGGAACUUGCCGAUAGUAUGAGUAAAGUCUAUUCGGCUAUAGAUGGAAAGAAGAAGAGUGAACCGGAUGAGUUGGAGAAAUUGAGGUCAAUGGUUGAAGGACUGCAACAAAGGAUAGCAGCAGGCAGCACGUCUACGGAUAGGUCGCACGAAGCCGCUGUUGGAGAACUGACGCGUAUUCGGCGUGAGCAAGCUGAUUUGAAGGUUGACUCGGACAAACGCUUAUCGGCGCUAGAGGAGGUUGUGAUGGCGUUGCAACGACAGUGUGAGGAAGUGGAGGCCACGGCAGAGCGCUGGAAAGCGGAGGCUCUCAGGCCUGGUAACAAGUGCGGCAGCAUCGCCGUGGGUGCUACUCCAAUUUCGCAAGCGCGUUUGCGAACGCGCCUCGGGGGGGCCGAAUCGCCCAAGGGGCAUAUUGAAACUCCGAGGCGACACGUAGAGACGCUGCGCAUUAACGAGAUGAACGCUCGCAGGGAAUCGGAGCUAGAAGUGGAGAAGUUGAAAGAGUCUUUAGCUCGAUUGGACAUGGAGAAGAGAAUUUCGACGGGGGGCACUAAUUUGAAGGCUAGGAUGGAUGAGGUCGCGGCGAACAAAGAUAAGACAUAUGGAGGCAUCGGGAGUGACGUGGGAACGUCCGCAAGAAGGACGAAAGAGAAAGAGUCGAAUGUGGCAACCAAUUCGGAUGACCGGGACACGUUUGUGCGUGCUAAUCGAAAGGAUUUGCGCGGCAGGAAUAAGGAUUUCGUGAUGAAGAUCUGUGAGAAAGAAAGCGUGGAGUAUACCACGCUCGAUCCAACCAAGGAGGCAAUCGUGCAAGCCAGAGCAACAAAGGCAUUUGACGAUGAAGGGAGGAAAGGUAAGAAAGCGGUCACAGUGACGGUGUCGGAUGACGGGGGAGGUCAGGCCACAACAGAGGAAUGUGAUGAUUCUGCUGCGUCUUAGUAUUUUUCCCGAGCACGGCCCUGUUAUGGGAUUUAGUACGUUUCUGUUGCACUA